AUGGACGGCGUCGUGGGAACUGCGCCGCCCGGCAGCAUGUACGUCCGUGCUCUCUACGACUACGAGGCCGACGACAGGACCAGUCUCAGCUUCCACGAGGGCGACAUCAUCCAGGUCAUCACCCAGCUCGAGAGCGGCUGGUGGGACGGCGUCAUCAAUGGAGUGCGCGGCUGGUUCCCCAGCAAUUACUGCCAGGCCAUCACUAGCCCCGACGAGUUUCCCGACAUGGGCCAAAACGGCCAUGUCAACCACCACAUGGAGGACGAAAUGGAAGAAAACGAACUUUACGAAGACAGUGCCGACCAGGACGAGGACUCCGAGGGCGAAGGCUUUGGCAGCCUGCCGCUCGAGGGCACCGACAUGGGCGGCGACAAGUCUCGCGCCGACUUUUGGAUCCCGCAGGCCACGCCAGAUGGCCGCCUCUUCUACUACAACAUGAUGACGGGCGAUCGCAGCAUGGAGCUGCCGCUGGAAUCGCCCGUGUCCUCGGCCGAGACCGGCCCCAGGGACCGUAUGAACGUUGCCAUGCCCGAGAAGACACGGCCGCCGCCAGAAAUGAUGGCGCGUGGGCUAACCCAGGACGAGGACGACGACUCGGCGACUUCAGCUUCAGAGGCUGAAGGCGAAUCUCUGAUGCUCGCGUCCAGAGGGUCUAUGCCUCGCAUUCGAGGCUCAUUCAGUGCCGCCCUCUCCCCGUCAACAUCAAUGGACUCGAUGAAUGGCACUUCUCCCGCUCGGCGCAAGAGAAGCGAUGCAUACGCCCUCGGAUUCGCCAACACCAACCAACCACCAAACAUUGCAUCGGCCACAUCAUUCACCAGCACCACCUACAACGUGCCGGCCACCACCAGCGUGCCCAAGUCUUUCUUCGAUGAUGGAUCCACGCCACCCCUUACCUGGAGUCUCCUCGUCACCAACAUGAAGCGCGCCAUCGACCGAUAUCGCGAGGCCGUCACCAACAACGCCCGCUCCGAAUACGUGGCCAGGGCCGAAGAUAUUUCCGACCACCUCAGACUACUUCUUGCCGCCGGCUCAGGGACCACGGACAACCAUUCUGGCCAGCCUUCCAUCAUCUCCACCAACAAGGCACUCUACCCCCACUUCCGAGAUAUGAUGUCCAAGUUUUCCAAGUUGGUUAUUUCUUCACACAUUGCUGCCGCCGAUUGGCCCAAUGCGGAAUCCGUUCAAAAGUGCCUCCAGGAGGCCGACGGCGUGUUGGGUGGCGUCUUCAGCUACGUUGAAGUUGCCAGGCAACAGAGAGGAGAGGACAUCCCCCGACUUUUCCCUGGCUUUGUCAUUGGCAGCACCUCAGGUGGGAGCUGGCAGAGCAACGGACUAGAUUUCCAUGAUCUGAUGUCCCCCAACUUCCUUGACGAUGAGGAGGGUCUCACCGAGCCCACCGCAGUCCUCGAUGGUAAUCUCCUCGAAAGGUUAGAUGAGCACAAGAGAAUUCUCGUGUCUAGUAUUCGAGAGCUAGAAAAGAACCUGACAGCUCCUGAAAAAAUCAUCUCACCUCAGCGACACGAGGCCAUUGCUAACAAUGUCUGCUUUGCCGGUGGCAAGGUUGUAGAGACGUUUAGGCCGUGGAUUGCCAUGAUUGAGUCCGUCGACCUGUCAUCUUUGGGCAAUACAUUCCAGACGCCGCAGCUGGAAGACUUUAGCAUCAACAAGCAAUCGCUGUACGACAACAUUGCCGACCUCAUGCUAAGCUGCCAAGCCGUCGCCGGACCCCUGGCGGACGAAUGGUCAGAAGUUCGGGGAGAGCCUCUCGAGAGCCGUCUCGACUAUGUUCGCCAAUGCGCGAGAGCACUCGAGACAAACUCGUCGCACACUGGAUUCUCCCUACAGCUGCUUUCAGAGCAGGUCCUAAUCAACAUGCAGCAGCAGCAAGCAAAGGCUCGUCAACCACCGCGGGGCCAGCUCCAGCGAGGAGAGACUAUGCCUUACGACAGACCUCAUCAACGAUCGGACUCAAGGACCGCACCAGUCCGACCGCCACUCAUCACCACCCAGUCAUACUCCGAGGGCGAUGCACCCCCCGGAUUCUCCAGAAAGGGCGACUACUCCAAGGUCAAGAAGAUCUUUGGAGAAGACCCGUCACCACAGCUUCAGCCGGACGAGGACACGCCCGAGUUCCUGCUCCUGGACCACGAAAACGACCUGUCUUGGGAUGCAAAGGCAACCACGCCCACAGUCAAGGGAGGAUCCCUCUUGGCACUGGUCGAGCAGCUCACGCGCCAUGAUAAACUUGAUUCGAGUUUUAACAACACCUUCCUCUUGACUUAUCGAUCCUUCACAUCAGCACGCGAGCUCUUUGAGAUGCUGGUUCAACGGUUCGGCAUACAGCCUCCGGAGGGCCUCACACAACAAGACUAUGAGUUGUGGCGAGACCGCAAGCAGAAGCUCAUCCGAUUCAGAGUGGUCAACAUUCUCAAGAGUUGGUUCGACAGUUUCUGGAUGGAAGAGUUCAACGACGAGUCCAAAACUCUGAUACGCGACGUGUACACGUUUGCGAGAGACACUGUCAAGUCGACUGAGACACCAGGUUCAGGGCCGCUGAUGGCGAUCCUUGACCAGAGGCUCAGCGGCAAGGAGGCUGGCGCCAGGCGCAUGAUUCAAACCCUGAACCAGAGCACGCCAACGCCCAUCAUUCCAAAGAAUAUGAGAAAACUCAAGUUCCUGGACAUUGACGUGACAGAGUUUGCUCGCCAGCUGACAAUCAUCGAGUCUCGGUUGUACUCCAAGAUCAAGGCCACUGAGUGCUUGAAUAAGACGUGGCAGAAAAAGGUUGCAGACGGCGACCCUGACGCGGCUCCGAAUGUCAAGGCUCUGAUUUUGCACUCUAACCAGAUGACCAACUGGGUGGCGGAGAUGAUUCUAAACCAGAUGGAUGUCAAGAAGCGAGUUGUGGUGAUUAAGCACUUUGUUGCUGUUGCCGACAAAUGCCGAGGCCUCAAUAACUUUUCCACGUUGACAUCCAUCAUCUCAGCUUUGGGCACGGCGCCUAUUGCGCGUUUGAAGCGAACCUGGGAUCAAGUCCCUCAGCGAACAAGCGUUGUUCUGGAAACGAUGCGUCGACUUAUGGCUAGCACCAAGAACUUUGGCGAGUACCGCGAGGCGCUUCACGUUGCCAACCCGCCGUGUAUCCCCUUUUUUGGUGUUUACUUGACCGAUCUCACCUUUAUUGAGGACGGUAUACCCUCGGUGAUUAAGAAGACCAACUUAAUCAACUUUGCCAAGAGAGCAAAGACAGCCGAAGUCAUCCGCGACAUUCAGCAAUACCAGAAUGUGGGAUACUCUUUGCAGCCAGUCCCUGAGCUGCACGAUUACAUAGUGAGCAACAUGCAAGCUGCAGGAGACGUACAUGAGAUGUACGACAAGAGUUUGCAGAUUGAACCACGCGAGCGUGAAGACGAGAAGAUUGUCAGGGUGCUUGCUGAAUCUGGCUUUUUGUGA